CAAUGGCAAUAGCAAAGUCAGUGAGAGCAAGAGCCGUGGGCUUGCGCUCUUUACGAGUCUUAUGCGCACAGCGAAGCGUUGCCCGCGAAUUCUCCGUUCUCAAUCGCCCUCAACCAAAUUAUCCAGGCCAUAUACCUUUGACACCGAUAGAGCGGGGAGCUCUAGCAAUUGGGUCGGCUGUGGGAUCACUGUUGAAUCCUCGGCGGGGAGAUCUAAUAGCAACUGUCGGCGAAACCACCGCAACGCCAUUCUUCAUCUAUCGUCUCCGCGAUGCCAUGCUCGCGGACUCCACCGGCCGACGAAUCCUCCGUGAUCGCCCCCGAAUAACCUCACAGACACUUUCCCUUCCCUACCUCCGCAACCUGCCUAAAAACACCGUUGGGUACACCUACGCUACCUGGCUCGACCGGGAGGGUGUCAGCCCAGACACCCGCAGCAGUGUGCAGUACAUCGAUGAUGAAGAAUGCGCGUAUGUAAUGCAGCGGUAUCGCGAGUGUCACGAUUUCUACCAUGCAGUGACAGGCCUGCCGAUCGUGGUGGAGGGUGAAAUCGCACUGAAGGCGUUUGAGUUUAUGAACACGCUGAUUCCAAUGACUGGAUUGAGUGUGUUUGCGGCCAUCAGGCUGAAGCCGGAAGAAAAGCAGAGAUUUUGGAGUAUUCACUUGCCUUGGGCCAUUAGAAGCGGCUUGGCGAGUAAAGAGCUGAUCAAUGUUUACUGGGAGGAACAACUAGAAAGAGAUGUGAAUGAAUUGAGGGAGGAACUUAAUAUCGAGAAGCCUCCGGAUUUGAGAGACAUAAGGAAGAAAGUUAGAGAACAGAAGAAAGCGGCAAAAGAGGCAGUGAUAAAGUCAUGA